CCACAAAAACAAACUCUCGUGCUCUCCGCCCCUCUCUCCACCUCCAUCCUAUAUUACUUUCUCUCUCCUUUUCUCUCGAUUCAUUCAUUUCCUUCUCCUCAAACUCCGCCCCCCAUCGAGAUUUCAGCCCUUUUGAGGUUUCUCCCCGUUGCAUUGCGCUCUUGCGGGAAAAAAAAUGGCGUGUUCAGCUACGGCCAAAAUCAUUCACAAUCCUCUGCUGCUCAGCUCCUCCAGAUCUGCUGAAAAGUAUGAAUCUUGCUGCAAAAUAUCUGGACCCUCGUCCUUGCUCGGCUCCAAAUUUCUCGGGAAGAAGUUGCUCUCUGCUAAAUCCGCGGUUUCGCCUGCUAGCCGUCGAUCUGGCGCCGUCGUGGCUGUUUCCUCCGAUGUUGUUAAGGAGAAGAAGGUCAAGUCCGCCGCCUCGAAUCUGCUAAUCACAAAGGAAGAGGGAUUGGUAUUGUAUGAGGACAUGUACCUGGGAAGAGCGUUCGAAGAUAUGUGUGCCCAGAUGUACUACAGAGGCAAAAUGUUUGGUUUUGUCCACUUGUACAACGGUCAGGAGGCUGUGUCGACUGGCUUUAUCAAGCUCUUGAAGCAGGAAGAUUGUGUCGUCAGUACUUACCGUGACCACGUUCAUUCAUUGAGCAAAGGUGUGUCCGCCCGCCAGGUCAUGAGCGAGCUCUUUGGCAAGACCACUGGUUGCUGCAGGGGCCAGGGUGGGUCGAUGCACAUGUUUUCCAAGGAGCACAACGUUCUUGGUGGAUUUGCUUUCAUCGGUGAAGGAAUUCCUGUUGCAACAGGGGCUGCCUUUACUAGCAAGUACAAGAGAGAAGUCCUGAAGGAGGAUUGUGAUGAGGUGACUUUGGCAUUUUUUGGGGAUGGGACUUGCAACAACGGCCAGUUCUUUGAGUGCUUGAACAUGGCUGCAUUGUGGAAGCUUCCAAUUGUGUUUGUUGUUGAGAACAACUUGUGGGCUAUUGGGAUGUCCCAUCUGAGGUCCACCUCGGAUCCUCAGAUUUGGAAGAAAGGUCCGGCUUUUGGGAUGCCUGGUGUUCAUGUUGAUGGUAUGGAUGUUUUGAAGGUGAGGGAGGUUGCACAGGAGGCUAUUGGUAGAGCUAGAAGAGGUGAAGGUCCUACUUUGGUUGAGUGCGAGACCUACAGGUUCAGAGGACACUCUUUGGCUGAUCCCGAUGAGCUACGUGACCCUGCUGAGAAGGCUCGUUAUGCCACAAGAGAUCCCAUCACUGCUUUGAAGAAGUAUCUGUUCGAAAACAACUUGGCAAACGAAGCAGAGCUGAAAGCCAUCGACAAGAAGAUUGAUGAAAUCAUCGAAGACUCUGUUGAGUUUGCUGACGCAAGCCCAGUUCCAGCGCGCAAUCAGCUGUUGGAGAACGUGUUUGCUGAUCCGAGGGGAUUUGGGAUCGGACCUGAUGGCAAGUACAGAUGUGAGGACCCUAAAUUUACUGAAGGAACUGCUCAGGUCUAGCUUCCAAUCAGCAGCCAUAACUGAGAGCAGGAACAAGCUUCCUCUUAUACGGGCUAGUGUUUCGGAGGGAUCUUGUUGCCCAACUGUUUCAGUGUUGCAAUUUUUUGUUUUAUGUUGUUUUUUCUUGGGUCUAAAUUAUUGUUGUUUGCUGGAAACUGUUUGAAAUAGCGGUUAAGUUAUUGAUGACCAACUCUACUUGUUUUUCAACAAUUCUUUGUUGUAUAAACAAAGAAGCUUACCUAUA